AUGCCGGAGGAGGAGGCGCUGCUGGGCGAGUGCACGACCAUCUUCGUGAAGGGGAACUUCCGCUACCAGCAUUGCGCCUACAUCUGGGUGAAGCAGAUGAGGGCUAAGACGAGAUUCCCGCUGGUGUUGGAUAGCGCGUCACGGUCCGAAGAGCACAGCAGGCACUGCAUCAAUCUCGUGGGAAACCCCAAUGUUACGAAGGUCGGCGACGGGGACAAAGUCAAUGCAGACGCAGGCAACUCCAGAUUCGAGCCUGCCUUACGAUGCAGUGGCACUGAUGAACACACCCUCGUCGAAGCUGGACUUCAGUGA